CUCACCAUGGGAUGGAACUGGAGCAUCUUCUUCCUCCUGUCAGUAACUACAGGUGUCCACUCCCAGGUCCAGCUGCAGCAGUCUGGGGCUGAGCUUGGGAAACCUGGUUCCUCAGUGAAGUUGUCCUGCAAGGCUUCUGGCUACACCUUCACUAAUGAAUAUAUGCAUUGGGUGAAGCAGAGGCCUGGACAGGGCCUGGAGUGGAUUGGAUGGAUUUAUCCUGGAAAUGGUGGUACUAACUACAAUCAGAAGUUCAAGGACAAGGCCAAACUGACUGCAGACAAAUCCUCCAGCACAGCCUACAUGGAGCUCAGCAGCCUGACAUCUGAGGACUCUGCGGUCUAUUACUGUGCAAGAGACACAGUGUUGCAACCACAUCCUGAGUGUGUCAGAAACCCUGGAGGAGCAGGAAGCUGCCCUGGGACUGAGAUGACAGAGAAGAUUAGCCUGGAGACUUGCUCAGAAAUAAUCACUUUGAGCAAUCAGAUGUCUAAUAAUUCCACCACAAAACUCAUUAUACAGCAGCAGGAAAUGCAAACAAAGCCUCCCCCUGACCACCCAGCUCCAGCUGAGGAGCCCAGCCCUGGAUACCUCAGACUACUCCAUGAGCUUGUGUCCAUUCUUGACACUGCUCAGGUAACCAAGAAGCUGAUACUAGAUAGCCCUGGGGAUGAGGAGAAAACCCAAAUCAAUCUUCUGCUAAAGAAGGCAUAG